UGGUGGCACGUGCCUGUGGUCCCAGCUACUCAGGAGGCUGAGGUGGGAGCCUCUGCUUUGUUGAGCCUGGGAAGGUGAGGCUGCAGUGAGCCAUGAUCUCACCGCUGCACUCCAGCUUGGGUGACAGAGACCCUUUAUCAAAAAAAAGUAAGAAUAUUAAUUGUUCCCCUUUAGAAGUGAUUACUGUGCCAGAUCCUGGAGCUAGCCAGUAAUGUAGAUCAUCUCAUCAUUUUGUGAUCCUUACAAAACCCAAUGAAGUAAACACUAAGCAUGAUCUCAGCAUAUUUCUGAUGAGCAAAUUGAAGUUCAGAGAGGUUAAGUCACUUGCCCAAAGCCACACAGCAGAUAAAAGGCAGAGGUAGGCUUCAAUCUCAGGUCUGACCACCUAGUCUGCAUUCCAAAUGCAUAUUCCAAAACAACAUCACAUGGGGAACAAUCCAAAGAACGGUCGUUAUGAAUCUUCAACUUUAAGGGUGUGAAGAAGGGGCCCCAGACUUGCCCUGCAGUGAGUGAAAAAAACCAUCUUCUACUCCGUGAUCAGAAGGGAUCUCCAGCAGCCAGUUGUCUGAAGACAGAAGCCACCUCAGGAGUAGUGAUUUAUUUUACUUAGGGAUGUUUCUGCCUAACCACUGGCAGGUUGCUGAUCCUGAGAUUUUAGCAGAUAGGCUGAGGGUUGGGUCAUGCAGACAGAUCUUGGUCUCUGGCAUCCAAGCAUCAUCAUGUAAAGGCCUUCUCCAGGUAUAUUACUGGAGGUCUCUCCCUACCAAGAGGUCUCAGGCCAAAGUGAGAACUAACACAGCUUGAAAGAAACUAGCUUCAGAGUCAGGAGACCUGGUCAUUUGCCUUCAACUUUCAGCUGUGUGCUCUUGGGCAAGCCAUUUGAUGUCUCUGGACCUGAGUUUCUUCACUGAAAAAAUGAACUUAGAUUGGAUCAAUUCUGUGGUCCUAAAAUGUAAUUAGUUGCAGAGGAACUUGGGAAAACAGACAACUCCUUACUAUGUCUCAAGGUAAGUGUUAGAGAAAGAGAGGUCAUGGAAGGACAGCUGAGGACCGGCCCCAGGGCAGUCUUCCAAGGAAAGGGGUCUUCUCAGUCGGGUGAAGCGGUGCUGGCUGAGGUUAGGCCUCAGGAGCUGGGCUGGUGGCCCAAAUGGGGAAGCCCCAUCUUGCAUUUUUAUUGUGGAGGAGCUGGUAGAAACGUGCUCAGCAGACAAAACAAACACAGCAAGGUGCGUUGCUGGUGAACGUGUGUGGUUUGUCUGCUGAGAGCUAAUGCCACAGUAGGCUCCUUCCUGCACAGAGACACAAUCAGACAGGCUUGGAGAGGCCCUUAGUGAAAGAGAGAAGGAGAGCAGGCUCGCAGCUCCUAAACGGCUGCUGAGACUUUGCAAAUCAUGCCCCUGAGCCACCUUUGUUAUUGUGAAUGAGGAGAAAUUGCCCUGGGGUCUGCUUUCUGGGCAGAGGAAAAUCAGAUUUGAAUCCCAAGUCUGCCACUCACUAGUGGGGUGAAUUUGGGCAAGUCACUUAACCUAGAUUGUUAAAUGGGGGCCCUUGUAAGAAUGACGGGAAAGGCUGUUACCAUGCUGGGACAGCAGCAUAAGUCAAAACUCUUUGGGGCAAACUGGGACAUAAGGUCACACUGCUGAAACUCCCCGAGCCUAUUUCUACAUCAGGAAAAUGGACAUUGUGAUGAAUGUCCAUGCUUCAUGCAGCUGUGCUAAAGAUUCAGUGAAAGACACACAUUUAUGCUCAGUAAGAGAAGGCUCCACGUGGCCCUCUCUCUCUUCCCUCAUUCUCUGUGCUUCUGAGAGGGGCUCUGAAAUGGGGUUCCAGAGACGUGUGCUAGGGCCUCCUUCCAAUCUGUGUGUUCUUUCCUGGAGGGCCGGUGCCCAAAGCCAGCUAGGGCUUGGGCCUCCUUUUGGGAUCUGUUUGCCUUUUCAUAAACACAGACCCAGGAUUUUUCUUGGCUAGGCCCGUCUGCUCACAGCUCACAGAUUGUACCUUCAAGCAUUUGCUCCCAGGUGAUUUGCAUCAGGAUCUACCAGGAAGUUUGUUUUUCAAGGCCUUAGUCAACAUGUGGGUGUGGAAACACCAACCAAUUUCAAUGUAGAGUCAACUCCUUUUUAAAUAGGGACUUUCACAUUAGUCAGACUUUUCAAAACAACAUAAUAUUUAAACAAAAUUCCAUUUCCCCUUCUAUCACCAGCAGCAGUUACUGAAGAUAUUUCUGUUCUGACCAGAGGCUUCCCCAACCCACGUUUCAGCUGGUUCCCUUCCUAUGUCAGAGCCUGGGCUGUGAUGUCACAGUGCUGGAGUGUGAAAUCAUUCCUCCAUAGGUCUCAGUCUCCCUUCUGGCUCCUCAGGUGGAUGGCUUGGGCCAGAGUCUUAAUGUAUGUUGACUCAUUCUGAUCCUUGGUUUGUUGAUUGCCUGGAAUAGCAACAGUAAACAGCACGAUCCUCCACUAUAAGCCAUGGGACCAUCCCAGGAGUUCCCAUAGGUCAGCAUUCAAACCUCAUAGCUCAGAUUGUCUUUGAGGUACCAUGAAUUGGUAGGAAAAAUUUUUUUGACAAAGAAUCAUGGGUCCCAAAUGCGAUCACCCUGAGCAGGACUAGACUUACACCUUUCUGAAACCUGCACCACGUUGGCUUGUUACAAUGGACCUGGUGACUUCCCCCAGCUUGGGGCCCCGUCUGUGUCUGUCUGGUCCCUUCUCUCCUGGCUUCUAUAUUCCUGGCUGGGCAAAUCUGGCAGUCUGAGAACCCCUCAAGCAACUUACUUGUUGUGCACUUAUGUGUCCAGCACUCUGUUAAGUGUAACAGGCAGUAUUCCACUUUGUGAGCAGUGGUCUCACUAACGCUGAAGAACUCAGGCCUUGAGUAAGCUACCAAGUAAUCUCUCUGUGCCUCAGUUUUGCCUUUUGUAGAAUGGGGAUAACAGUCCCUCCCUGGUGGGAUUGGUGUGUGAGAAUUUAGUGAGUUCAUGAGUGCAAAAUGCUUAGAACCUGUGUUUGGCAUCGAUCAAGUGCUCAAUUGCUGUUAGCCAUGUUUAUGACAAAUCCUCACCACAGACCCCCAAGACUGGGGACUCUGACUAUCCCCACUGGCAAAUGAUGUACUGAGAUUGACAGGUUAAGUAAUUUUCCCAGGCCAUGCGCUAGAAUGAGAGUCAAUAGCAUGAUGUAGGAAGUCUGUACCGCUGCUCUCUGCGUCAUGAGAGGCUAGGUUGAAUUCUAACGCAUUUCCUUUUGCAUAUAUUUCUAGAGAAACAGUGUGCCAGGCUCUGUGCCAGGAGUCAGGGGAAACAGUGAUGGGAUCAAACCCAGGGGACCAGUGGGGAGCUCCACCCCAUUUUCAGUCCAGCCCAUGCAGGCAGCCUCUGAACUAGGCACAGUUAAUCUCCAGCCAUCGCCACUGGCUUCACCUGGCUCAUUAAAACCAGACACGUUACGAGUUCACUUAGCAUCUGCAGAGCGCGUCUUUCAUCUUCAAAGGCUUCCCGAAGCACCAACCAAUUAAUCCUUACAACGCCCUCAUCUCGUAGACAAAUAUUUAUCCUCAUUUCAUACCCAGAAAAAUAAGGUGCAGAGAGAGAACGGACUGGGCAGGAGGAGGAAGAGUGAGUGGCAGAGCUAAGCAGAGAAUUCUGGAGCCCCAGACCCCUCUGGCUGCCCAGUCCAUCUGGAGGUUUGGGGAAAUUCUUCCCGUAAUACUUUUUUUUUUUUAAAUGGAAGCAGAACCUUUUGCAAGUUCAGAAGAAUUAGAUUUCUUUAAUAGUAACCUGCAGGAAAUACAUUAAAAACACAUUCUAUCAGUUACAAAUCUUAAUGUCACCAGCCAAGGAUGAGGGAAUUAAUGCCGGGCCCAAAAAUACAUAUAGUCAGCAACUCCGGGGCAAGGGCAGAGACAAUUUAUAGAGUGUGAGGUCUGGACGUCUGGAGCAGGCAGGCUGAGCUCAGCGGUGAAAUGGAAACAGGGCUGUUUUCAGAUGGGGCAGAGCAGGGGGAAGCUGCUCAGGGUGGCUUUGAUUCACUCAUUGUUUCCCAUUUCUUCUUAAUGUAAAUUACGUUUUUUUUAAUGCAAUAAAAGCCAGGUUCUGAUUUGUCAUGAGAAGACUGUUUUCAUUAACAUAAGCACCUAUCAAGGGCACUUUUAAAAGAAUCAAUCCCCAAAAGGAAAGCCCCCUCCAUCAAAACAAUCCCAACCCUGAUCAUCUCCUCUGUCUACAGGAGUCGAACAAAGGGGAUAUCCAGGCAAGAAAUGGGCUGGCUGGAAAAUCUGGACAAGGAAGACAAAACAUAUGUAGAAUUUAUAGAAUUUUACUUCCUUUAUCAGCAGGUAUUUCUGUUUAUAUUGUAAAAUAAAACACAGGAAUAGCAAACCAUGCUAAAACGUGUAACCUAAAUUAUGAUAAGGGAAACAGUGGGUCUUUUAAAUUUAAUCACUUUAAAUUGCUUUAAUUUUUGGACUCAGCACUCAUUUUGCCAAACUUGAACAUAGUCAUGGAAAAGACAAGUUUCAGAUCUCAGGGAUAUAAUGUGUGCAUUUUAGGAAGGAAAGAGAUCUAAAGAGACAUGUACAACACUCAGUUGGUUAGUUGAGGGCUAACACAUUCCCAGCCAUGUGCUUCCUCCUCACAAAGAAAGGGCAUUAAAGGAGUCAGUGGGCACCAAGGAGUGGAGUCCCACAAGCAGGAAUGGACUUUAGUUCCCAGUGUGUCCCCAGGCUGUGUGUUUUGCCACUCAUUGCAAAGUACAUAGCAUCCCCCCUAGGGCUGGGCAGGUUGACAGGCAUGUCUUUGCAGCCAUGUCUCCUGGAGGAAAGGUGAAAAGGCACCAUGUCACACCGCCUCCCUUUGCAGGUGAGGAAGCUGAGGCCACCGGUCUCAUCUGAGGUCAAUAGAGGCAGAGCCAGGAAUGACAUCCUGGAUCACAGGACUCCUCACCUCUGCCACACCACAGCACCCCUUUUCCCAAGAUAUGCCCGUGGUAGGUCAAUAGCUGCUUGACAGGAAUUGUGGCCAGCACUUUCCAACCAGCCCAAGGACAUGUUAGGGUAACCAACCAUCCUAGUUUGCCUGGGAUUAGGAGGGGCUCCUGGAACAUGAGAUUUUCAGAGCUAAAACGGGCAUAGUCUAGGCAAACCAGGACAAGCUGAUCACCCUCCUGGGCUGUGUUCAUGUAGCUGAUGCUGAAUGACCGUGGCUGUGUGCUGGGCACUCACCAAAAGCUAGAAAGGAGCAGGAGGAGCAUAGGGUCUCUUAUGCUGAAUGAGUUGGCUUGGAGUAAAAUUAUUCAAAUAAUUGAUUUUUUUAACUUACUGAAGGGUGGCGAGUAGGGGUUUGUUCUUUGUCAUUUUAGUGCAUUUUCACAUUCCAAAUCUUAAUUACUUGGUCCUUAACGGCAAGGAUGUGUGAUCAAAAUCAAUUUUAUGGAGUGGGAAACUGAGGCACAGAGCUGGCUGAGCAGUCUAGGUUGGUCUGCCUAGCUGUGAAUGUGGAACUUGGAAAACGCCCCCAUUUUCUGGCCUUUGGUUGGUGCUGUCCCUCUAACUCUGCUCUGGUCAGCAACCCUGGCUAGAGGCCAGUUCUCUAUUUAAUUGUCGGGAAGCAAGAGGCCAGAGGCUAGGGGUUUCUAAAUUCAAUGAUAAAGACCUUGGAUUAAUAGCAAAAUAAUUCUCUUACUGGAGGAAGUUCAUAGCAAAGAACCUCAGUGGGGCUAAAGAAUUAUCCUGGUUUGAUCAAGCAAGGCUACUUGCUUACCUUCACCCUUCACAAUCUGAAAGCCAGGCUCCCUCUGAGAUGACCCUGAAGCCUUCUCUCCCCAGAUGCCAUUCAGACAGUCUCCAGCCCCAGCCACUGCUUUCCAUUCACAAUGGAGCAGCUGGUCUCUGCACUUCUGAAAUUGGAGCUGGAGGUGAAAUGCUUAGCUGAGCUUUGCUUUCGUUUCAGUGCCUUUCUUCUCUCUUGGUUUAACUGCUUUCUCUGGCCUCAGGGAAUCCCUUGCAAGUUAAUAAAACUGACUACAUCAAAGGGCUCCGCAGCCAUUACCCAAUUAAACCUCACAGCACUCCUGCGGCAGGUAAGCAUUAUUAACCCCAUUUUACAGGUGGGGAAACUGAGGUUAAGUGGUUUGCCCCCAGCCACUGAGGAAAUGAGUGUCUCAGCUGGCAUCAGAACUUGGUAGCUUGUUCUGAUCACCCAGGGGUGGUUGUUUCUACCUAAGUCUGUUUUUCAAAGUGCUUUGAUUCUUAAGGAUUUCUUUUUUCCUUCGGGAAAACAGUUUCUCACCAGCUGCACCAAGGAUGAGGGAUUUCUCCAAAGCUGGUUUGUCAGAAAACAGCAGCUCUUGGCUUCAACCAGAGAGGUACCAUAAACAUAGAUGAAAGGUCUGACAGAAACUGUUAAUGAAGUUUCCAAGCUGAGCAACGAGAUUGGGAUGAAUCAUGAUUACAUGGAAGAGAAGGUUUUACCUCCAAGCAGUCUGGAAGGCAAGGUCAAGGAGACAAUGCACAAUGCCUUUUGGGACCAUCUUAAAGAGCAACUAUCAGCAACUCCCCCUGACUUCAGUUGUGCUCUUGAACUUCUGAAAGAAAUUAAAGAGAUCUUGCUAUCACUGCUAUUACCACGCCAGAACCGCCUAAGAAUUGAGAUUGAAGAAACUCUGGACAUGGACUUGCUCAAGGAGAAAGCAGAACACGGGGCCUUGAAAGUCCCCACUCUCUCUAAGUAUGUUCUCAACAUGAUGGCUUUGCUGUGUGCACCAGUUCGAGAUGAAGCUGUGCAGAAACUAGAAAACAUUACGGAUCCUGUUUGGCUACUUAGAGGGAUCUUCCAGGUUCUGGGCCUGAUGAAAAUGGACAUGGUGAACUACACUAUCCAGAGCCUUCAACCCCACCUGCAGGAACACUCCAUUCAGUAUGAACGGGCUAAAUUCCAGGAACUCCUCAAUAAGCAGCCUAGCCUCCUUAAUCACACCACCAAAUGGCUGACCCAAGCAGCAGCAGAUCUCACCAUGUCACCUCCAACUUGCCCAGACACUUCUGACUCCUCCAGUGUGGCCAGUCCCUCUCCUAACGAGGCAGCCAAAAACCCAGAGCCUCUCAGCCCCACAAUGGUGCUGUCUCAGGGCUUCCUGAACCUCCUUCUCUGGGACCCUGAAAAUGAAGAGUUCCCUGAGACCCUGCUGAUGGACAGAACCCGGCUGCAGGAGCUGGAGUCCCAGUUGCACCAGUUAACCAUCAUGGCCUCAGUCUUGCUGGUGUCCAGUAGUUUUUCUGGCAGUGUUUUGUUUGGCUCACCCCAGUUUGUGGAUAAACUGAAACGCAUAACCAAAUCCCUGUUGGAAGACUUUCAGUCCAGGCCUGAGGAAGCUAUACUGUCUGUGAGUGAACAGGUGUCUCAGGAAAUCCAUCAAAGCCUCAAGAAUAUGGGCCUUGCUGCUCUAAGCAGUGACAAUGCAACAUCUCUGAUGGGACAGCUACAGAACAUUGCCAAGAAGGAGAACUGUGUCCGCAGUGUCAUUGAUCAGCGGAUCCAUUUGUUUCUCAAAUGCUGUUUGGUUCUUGGUGUGCAGCGGUCUCUGUUAGACCUCCCUGGAGGCCUUACUCUUAUUGAAGCAGAACUGGCAGAACUGGGCCAGAAGUUUAUCAACUUGACACAUCACAAUCAGGAGGUGUUUGGUCCCUACUACACUGAGAUCCUCAAAACUCUCAUCUCCCCAUCCCAGGCACUGGAAACAAAAGUGGAGUCUGUCUGAUAGUGUGGGCUCAGAGCCCUGGUACCUUGGAUCCAACAGGCCCAUCAUCUUCAUAGGGUAGCAUCACCAAUGACCAGCAGACAGUGAGGUUCUAUCCCAGCCCUUGCAGCUAGUACACUAAGGCUGUAGGGAUCAAGCAUGUAAACACCAACUGGCCCAAAACCAUUCGCUAAUAAACUUCUGAAGUGUAAAAAAUCUUCCAUUUUUCCUGUGCUGCAGCUGAGGCCAAGCCCUGUGACUUCAGCCUUCAGCUAGCUGAGAAGCCAUCAAGCCCUCAGUUUUCCCUUCUCUGGCUAUGUGUACCUUUCAACAUACAGAGCUGAGCAGCCAAGACACCCAGGUGCUAGCAUUAUUUUCUUUAAGGGUAAAGCGUUACUCAAGGGGCCCUGAGAACUCGGGAAUUAUCCAAAUUGUGAGUAUAAGGGCUUCUUUGGAAGCCUUUGUUUUGUCCAGUUUACCUUAGGAGAGAAUGUGGUUUAGGGAAGUGAGCUCAAAAGGUUCCAAAGGAUGCAACAAGAAGUCAAGAAAUAUUAAGAGCCUCAGUUCUCUUAGUUGCAUGGUCUGAAGCAGUAUGCAAACCUGGGGCUGAAUGAAAAUGGAUAUUAGCAUACAAGCAAGCAUUCUGUUGAGGACAAUUUCAGCGUUCAUGGGACCUCUCUCUCAAGUUAUCCAGAGAUCAGACUUGGACAGUUAGGUUUGUGACUGACUUGGAUCAAAUUUAUUCCUGGUCCUGUUCUCUAGCCCAGUAAGUCUCCUUUCCCUCAUCUCUAACCCUAGAACACCUGGUUCUUCCAGACAGAGGUAAUGUGGGCAUUCAGGGGUGGAGCAGCCUCCAUCCUUCUGGCUUCUCUGGAAGCCUCCAUUCUGGGCAGUUGUAGUUGUAAGCUCUUGUUAGCAUUACAAAUGAGAGACGUUCUAGGAAGGAUCUGGGCUUGUCUCCUGAGAUUGUAGAGACUGACUCAUCAUUUUCAGGCUGAUUGCAGCAGAUGAGCUCUGCCUAGUAUGGCUGAAAUGAGGAAAAUAUUCAAUUCAGAUUUAGAAAAUGGCAAUUCAGUUAUGUGUUUGCAAGGCAAGGUGAAGAAAAACAAUGUUCUCAUCAUUUCAGGUGAUGGAAGUUGCCCGCUGUUACACACCUAAUCUAGGAAGAACAACAGGAGGGGGAUUUGAGUUCCAUUAGGCCCAGGGUUUCCUUCUAAUUGAUUUCCUUUUUUAGAGGGUAGAUCCUAGGUGGGUGACAGAGCUAGGUCAACACAAUGUGACUUUUACUAUGACCAGAAAAGUUGGGGGGCCUGGAUCAUUCACAUUUUCCAGUCUUAUAACUAGAUAGCUUCAGGAUGAGGAAGCCCAAGGGGUAUGUUUAAUAAACGGUGAGGCUUACCCAGUUGGAUUCUCUGAUUUGCAACUAUUUGAAUUUUUUUAAAAAAAUCCACAUUUUGGAAGCCUCAUUAUUUUAGAGGCAAAUGGAUUCCAGGGAAGAAGAUUGUCUGGUUGGUGGGUGCAGACCCUGAACUGAUAAUAGAACCUUGCUUUGUACUUCACCAUUAAAAUUGGGAAUCAUCAAUACAUUAGAAUAUUUGAAUUUAUUUUCUUAUUCUUUCUCAUGGAGGAGACAGGGAUCUUGUCCCUAAACAAGGAAAGAUAGCUGCAGUCAAUCCUGCCCACUGGUUUGAGGGAAUUUUAAAAAAAUUAAUGUAUAUUCAUAUUUUAAAUUGUGGAAAAAAUACACGUAAUAUGAAAGUUA